GGGCACAGCGGCGAGGUUCUGCGCGGGCGCGGAAGAAGGGCGGCGCGUGGCGGAAGGCAGCCUUGCUCCUCGGGGUGAGGGAGGGUAUCCGGCUUAGCGGGGCUGCGGUGGACACCACUUCUUAAUGUCGGGGGUCUUCGCGGCGCUCACCUCGGCUCCUGGGGUUCAGGACGGUACGCAGCAGCCACAUUCGCGCCGAGGGCAGUAGGGCGCCACGGAGAGGAACCGCUGUAGGCACGUAAGGCCUCGUGAAGUUGCGUCGCACGCGGAGCACUCUGGGACUUGUAGUUCUGGAGAUGGAGCGAGCUGUGCCGCUCGCGGUACCGCUGGGUCAGACAGAGGUGUUCCAGGCCUUGCAGCGGCUCCAUAUGACCAUCUUCUCCCAGAGCGUCUCACCGUGUGGGAAGUUUCUGGCGGCUGGCAACAAUUAUGGGCAGAUUGCCAUCUUCAGCUUGUCCGCUGCUUUGAGCUCCGAAGCCAAAGAGGAAAGUAAGAAGCCAGUGGUGACUUUCCAAGCCCAUGAUGGGCCUGUCUAUAGCAUGGUCUCCACCGAUCGACAUCUGCUUAGUGCUGGGGAUGGGGAGGUGAAGGCCUGGCUUUGGGCGGAGAUGCUCAAGAAGGGGUGUAAGGAGCUGUGGCAUCGUCAGCCUCCAUACAGGACCAGCCUGGAAGUGCCCGAGAUCAAUGCUCUGCUGCUGGUCCCAAAGGAGAACUCCCUCAUCCUGGCUGGGGGAGACUGUCAGUUGCACACUAUGGACCUUGAAACUGGGACUUUCACGCGGGUCCUCCGGGGCCACACAGACUACAUCCAUUGCCUGGCACUGCGGGAAAGGAGCCCAGAGGUGCUGUCAGGUGGCGAGGACGGAGCUGUUCGACUUUGGGACCUGCGCACAGCCAAGGAGGUCCAGACGAUCGAGGUCUAUAAGCACGAGGAGUGUUCAAGGCCCCACAAUGGGCGCUGGAUCGGAUGCUUGGCAACUGAUUCCGACUGGAUGGUCUGUGGAGGGGGCCCAGCCCUCACCCUCUGGCACCUCCGAUCCUCCACACCUACCACUGUCUUCCCCAUCCGGGCGCCACAGAAGCAUGUCACCUUCUACCAGGACCUGAUUCUGUCGGCUGGCCAGGGCCGCUGUGUCAACCAGUGGCAGCUGAGCGGGGAGCUGAAGGCCCAGGUGCCUGGCUCCUCCCCAGGGCUGCUCAACCUCAGCCUCAACCAGCAGCCCGCCGCGCCCGAGUGCAAGGUCCUGACAGCUGCAGGUAACAGCUGCCGGGUGGAUGUCUUCACCAACCUGGGCUACCGAGCCUUCUCCCUGUCCUUCUGACCUCCGACGACACCCCUAGCCAGCCCAGGGUUUUAGAGUGUUUUUCAUUUUCUUUUUUACAAUAAAGUUUCAGGCUUUUUU